CAGCAGCGGGUCUCAGUCUGCUGCUCCCCCUCAACUUCCGUGGAUCCAUUUCAGCUCCGUUCUCCACAAACUCAACACUUACACACUUCACAGUGAAGUCGGAUGGGUUUCCUUCACGAUAAGAAGCAUCUGUGGGGGGAAAACGAGGCGUAAAAAAGGACAGAGAGAAGAGGAAAAUUGAGUGGACCAUCCCGUCUCGCUGAGCACACCACAACCCUGUGCUAAAUAUUCACCCGGACGCUUCAUGUCAGUCCGAGUGUCAGCCAUGAGCGUCCUUCCUCCUGUGCGAAGGGACCGAAUCAUCGCUCAGCUCCCUCAGUAUUUCAAGAAGGAAGCAGCUCUCCACACUAAAGACGAUUUCAACAAUAAAGUGAGGACUGCCUGCCAGGAGCAGCGCACCGGCACUGUGGGCAGAUUUAAAAUCUCUAAGGUCAUUGUGGUGGGUGACCUGGCUGUGGGGAAAACCUGUCUGAUUAAUAGAUUUUGCAAAGAUGCUUUUGAUAAGAACUACAAGGCAACGAUUGGUGUUGACUUUGAGAUGGAGCGGUUUGAGGUGUUGGGUGUCCCUUUCAGUCUACAGCUGUGGGACACUGCGGGCCAAGAGAGGUUCAAGUGCAUUGCUUCUACGUACUACAGAGGAGCCCAGGUUGUGAUCAUCGCGUUUGAUGUAAAUGAUGUUGCCUCUUUGGGCCAUGUGAGGCAGUGGCUCGAAGACGCCUUGAAAGAGAACGACCCCACCGCUGUCCAGCUGUUCCUCGUCGGCACAAAGAAAGACCUGAGUUCUCCUGCUCAGUAUUCUCAGAUCGAACAAGAUGCUCUCAAACUAGCACAGGAGAUCAGAGCAGAGUACUGGGCUGUUUCAUCACUCACAGGGGAAAACGUGAAAGAGUUUUUCUUCCGAGUUGCAUCAUUGGCGUUUGAGACCAACGUUCUUGCAGAGUUGGAGAAAAGUGGAUCGAGGCAAAUUGGAGACGUCGUCAGAAUUAACAGCACUUCAAACAAACUUUACGCUACAUCGAAGAAGAAACACCCGAACUGCUGCCAGUAAGGAUGCAAGCGGGAGUUUAAAG